AAAUGUUGAGGUUUGAUGAUGAUGAUGAUUAUGAUUAUGAUGGUAAAAACUUGAAGAAAAAAAUUGGUAAUCAUAAUCGGUAAUGAUGAGAAGAAUAAAAAAGAAAAUGAUCCAACAACAACAACGAUUAUUGAAAAGUUUGAGAUUUAUGGCUAAUAACAAUAACCAGAAUACGAACAUCUUGGAUCGACCAAAUCAUUUGAAUGAUGAUGAUGAUGAUGAUUACGGUGAUCACGAUGAUUUUGUUAUUCCACAUAUUUCUCUUCCUUUAUAUAUUUAUUGUAAACAAUACAUGUCAUCAAAUCAUGAGAAACGUAUCCGAUUAGUUGAUUCUCCAUCUCCAUCGUUUGGUAUAUUUGAAUCGUCAUCAACAUCAGCAACAGUAGCGGUAACAAACCAUGGUGAUGAUGAUGAUGAUGGUAACAUUUACAAUUGGUCAAUCAAUGUGAUCGAGUGGAAACAUUCGAAUCAUCAUGAUGAACAUGAACAUGAAUCGGGUUGCCAACAAUCAUUACAUUUCAAGAGAAUAAAAGAAAAAAUGUCAAGAAAAUUCAACAAAAAUCCAUUAUGUGAGUUGAUGAUCAGAAAUUUUUGGGAAUGUUUUCAACGUCCAUUUCUACAAUUAUGUCAACAAAAUGAUCAAACAUCGUUGAAGGCUACAUUUUAUAAAGAAUGUGAUCGUCAAUUAUUUUUAUCGAAACUUUGUAUUCAUAUUACUCACAAUGAUGAUGAUGAUGAUCAUGAUCAUGAUGAUCCAGUUUAUUUAUUACAAACAAAUGUUGGAAUUUUCAAAAUAACACUUUGCUAA